AUGGAUACAACAAAUAAUUCUUCGAAUCAAGAUCAAAAACAAAAUAAUGAACGAGAAUUAGUCGCUGACAAUGCUAAUCCAAAAAGUCCAUUAGAAUUUUCAUGGACAUUUUGGUACCUUAAACCUGAUAAACGUGUUGUUUGGGAAAAAUCAUUAAUUAAAUUAAUUGAUAUUGGAUUUGUUGAAGAUUUUUGGGCAACAUAUAAUCAUUUAGCAUUACCAUCACGUCUUGCAACAGCUAAAAUUAAUUCAGAUUAUUAUUUUUUUCGAACAGGAAUUCGUCCCAUGUGGGAGGAUCCAGCUAAUGCAAAUGGUGGUCGUUGGUUAUUAACAUUUGGAAGUCCUGAUAUGAAACUUGAUGAUUUAUGGCAAGAAACAUUACUUGGUAUGAUUGGUGAUUGUUUUUCACAUGAUUCAGAUCCUCAACCACUAAGUCGUUUUAUAACGGGUUGUGUGGUAUCAAUACGUGUACGUGGUCAUAAAAUGGGUCUUUGGUUAUCUGAAGCUCAGAAUCCAAAUAUUGUACGUGAAAUAGGUCGUCGAUGGAAAUCUAUGAUGAAUUUACCAUCAACUAUUCGUAUUCAAUUCGAAACACAUAAUGAAAGUGGUAGUGCACAACAAAAACCUAUAUAUGAAGAAUAA